AGAGCGCGCUUAUUACUGUGUUUAUCGCUCCGACUACGAUAAACGCGCUAGAGAGAAAACAUUUUUCCGGAUCGCAAGUUGUUUUCAAAGAUAGGUGCACAGUCGUGGGUCAUAUGAUAAAAGGCGUUACCGCGUGCUUAUCAGCGAUUUUGUAAUACUUUCUGUCAUUUACAUCGGCUCGCGCGACAUAGGCAGCCAGUAGUAGACUGGAUUCGUAUUUAGAAACACGCACAACACGAGCGAGACGGCCACGUCAAACGGCCACGUGUUAUUCCAGUUGGCACAAGCAACACAAAUUGAUUUCAAUCAAUAACAACCGGUCAACUUUUCUCUAUCUUCUUCUGUCUGUCGGGCUUUCUCAACAACGGCGAGCCUGUACACUGCCGUCGGAUCAUCUCGUCAAGAAGAGUGUGAUGCGGAUAUUAGGAUUGAUCAAGGCUGGACGUGAAUCACGUCAUCUGCUGACCGCCGGGACCAACCGUGCCCUCACUGGUAGUGCCAGAUGCAUAAGUAAUCUUAAAGGCAAAGUGAUAGCCAUAAGGCGGGAGGAUCAAUCAGUAUGGGAGAGAAGGGCGCCGUUAGCUCCAGCGAAUGUUCGCCGCCUCGUCAGGUCGGGGGUGAAGGUGAUCGUUCAGCCCAGCAACCGACGGGCGUACCCCGUCCAGGCCUACCAGGCGGCGGGUGCCUUGCCGCAAGAGGAUAUCAGCUCAGCCACGGUCAUCUUCGGCGUGAAGCAGGUGCCUAUCGAUCAACUGAUACCUAACAAGACGUACUGCUUCUUCUCGCACACCAUCAAGGCCCAGGAGAGUAACAUGUCUCUCUUGGACGCCAUCCUGGAAAAGAACAUACGUCUCUUGGAUUACGAGAAGCUCACCGAUGCUAAUGGUCAGAGAGUAGUCGCCUUCGGCAUGUACGCCGGGGUCGCCGGUAUGGUGAACAUACUGCACGGUCUGGGUCUGAGACUGCUGGCCCUGGGCCAUCAUACUCCAUUUAUGCAUAUUGGACCAGCGCAUAAUUAUCGAGAUUCAGCUAUGGCACGGCAGGCAAUCCGCGGCGCAGGAUACGAAAUUGCACUAGGUGCCAUGCCAAAGUCAAUCGGCCCGCUGAUCUUCGUUUUUACAGGCAGUGGUAACGUCAGCCAAGGUGGUCAAGAAGUAUUUCAAGAGUUGCCCCAUGAGUACGUACCGCCCGAAAUGUUACGAAAAGUUGCCGAACACGGAGAUACGACAAAAAUAUAUGGUUGCGAGGUGCGACGUCGACAUCAUCUGGAGAGGAAGGAUGGCGGUGGCUAUGACCACGAGGAGUACGACCAGCACCCGGAACGUUAUAUUUCUACCUUUAGCAAUAAUAUAGCGCCAUAUGCUUCGGUCAUCAUCAACGGUAUUUAUUGGGCAGUGGAUUCGCCAAAAUUGUUAACGAUACCGGACGCAAAGUAUCUGCUCAGACCUGCUUACACACCAUGGUUGCCGAGGAGUGUCGGUGCACCUGCCUUGCCGCACAGAAUGCUUGCCAUCUGCGACAUAUCCGCGGAUCCGGGUGGCAGUAUCGAGUUCAUGAACGAGUGCACGACGAUCGAUACGCCGUUUUGCUUGUACGAUGCCGAUCGCAAUAAGGACACGAAAUCUUUCAAGGGUCCUGGCGUGCUGGUUUGCUCGAUCGACAAUAUGCCUACGCAACUCCCGAAGGAAGCGACGGAUUUCUUCGGCAAUCUUUUAUACCCGUACGCCUUGGAUAUUAUAUCGCAAUCGGACGCGAAAAAGCCGUUAGAGGAACAUAAUUUCAACCCUGCCGUUCAUGGCGCUAUCAUUGCGUCCAAUGGAAAGCUAACUUCCAAUUUCGAGUAUAUCCACGAACUCAGGCAGCUAAAUCAACGCAGCAAGCACAAAGCCGAUAACAGAGAAAUGCAGAGCAAGACGGUAGUCGUUCUCGGCGCAGGAUACGUUUCUGCACCCUUGGUCGAGUACUUACAUAGGGACCAAAAUAUAAGAAUCGUAGUAGCGUCACAAUUAAAAGAAGAGGCCGACGCGCUGGCGAAUCGAUUCCCGGGUGUGGAACCGGUGUUCUUAAAUGUGCUGGAGCGCCCGGACACGUUGCACGACGUGGUAAAGUCGGCGAACGUGGUCGUCUCUCUGCUGCCAUACUCGUUACACCAUGUCGUUGCGAAAGCUUGCAUCGAAACCAAAACGCAUGUGGUCACUGCCAGCUACAUGAACGAUGAUGUCAAGACGUUGCACGAAGAAGCUGAAGCAGCUGGUGUCACGGUGCUAAACGAAGUCGGAUUGGACCCAGGCAUCGAUCAUCUUUUGGCAUUGGACUGUUUCGACGAUGUGAGACAUGGGGGCGGCAAAAUAGAGUCCUUCAUCUCGUGGUGUGGCGGUCUGCCCGCACCGGAAUGCUCCAACAAUCCUCUGAGGUAUAAAUUCAGUUGGUCUCCCCGAGGCGCGCUACUAAACACCUUGUCUUCAGCAAAGUAUCUUCAUAAGGGUCAGGAAGUGACAAUCAUGGGGGGUGGCGAUUUGAUGUCCAACGUGCAGGACUUGGACUUCCUUCCCGGUUUCGCCCUGGAAGGUUUUCCCAAUCGUGACAGCACGGUGUACAGGGAUUGUUACGGUUUACACAAUGCGAGUACCGUGUUGCGAGGUACCCUCAGAUUUAAGGGAUUCUCAGAUACCAUACUGGGUUUGCAGCUGCUCGGUCUAAUAGACCCCUUCCCGCAACCGAUCUUGCACCCCAACGGACCGGACAUCACCUGGCGAAUGUUGGUGUGCAACUUGCUCGGUCUGGCGAACGACAACAUCUUCUACGAAAACCUGAAGCAGAAAUUGGCGGAGAGGGUGAACUCGUGGGAGCGUGUGAACGCCAUCGAGGAGUUGGGUCUGCUGCAGGAGGACAUGGUCCUGAAAUUGAACACUCCGCUCGACACACUGACGCAUUACCUGUCGAAGAAGCUUUAUUACGAGGAGAAUGAACGUGAUCUCGUGAUACUGAGGCACGAUGUAGAUAUACUUUGGCCGGACAACAAGAGGGAAUGCAGGGGGAUCAAUUUGGUGCUUUACGGUGACACCGCUGGGCAUUCCGCAAUGGCGCGUACCGUCGGCUAUCCUGCGGCCAUCGCCGUCAAAAUGAUUCUAGAUGGUGAAAUCCAACAACGUGGGAUGGUACUGCCCUUCACCCCUGACAUAUAUCGACCUAUCCUUAAUCGACUGAAGGCUGAGGGCGUGGAAUCUUUCGAGACGUCCAAAUGGCUGUGACUCAUUCGCUAUGAAUUGUAAUAAUUUUUAAACAACCGUGUAUAUAUAACAUUCCUUGCAUCUAAAACCAACCAAUAUUAUUGCAACUGAUGCGAAUUGUGUAAGUUAUACUAUUAGUCUAUAGUGUAUCAUUUUGUAGAGACAUAUCGUUUUGUAACACUUUUGUAUCUGCAUUUUAUGGAUACACGGACCAUUUAUCUUAGGAUAUUUUUAAUAAAGAUACUAAAUAGAGAAUGUUAUAAAAAUAUUGUUUUGUAUUACGUUAUCUAUCGAUUUUUGUAUUUAAAAUUUUCAUAAUCUUGAUGAAAGAACUAGGAAUACAAGAUGUUUAAUUUGAUAUAUUUAACAUUUAUUGAUAUUACCACCUCAGUGUGGAAAAUCGCUAAUAAUACAAUGAUAUCUCGCUUAUUGCAAUCUCUUUUUGCUUCAAUAAUUCUAUAGAAUCGUCUUAAGGUAUAAUUUGAAUGAUAACAAAAGAUCACUCGCCUUUUUACUCGUUACGAUUUGAUUAAAAACUGAUUCUGCGCGUCGAAACAAUCGGAAAGGCCAUCGAAUUGCACCGGUAAAUUAAAAGCUGCUGUCGUGACCUGCCCGUCACGUUUUCGCGUCGAAUGGCUAGUUGAUUUGCGUGACAAAUUCGGUAACACUUUACAAGAAUUGGAUAAAUCCAAUAACAACGAUUGAUGCUAUUCACUGUUGAUGCUUUUAAAUCGACGCCAUGUAAAGCAGUGAAUAGUUCAAAUUACGUUGGUAACUUUAACGGGUUUUGUGCGUGAUAUAAUUUGAUGUAUGCUCCUCAUUUCUAAACCUAAAACGUUUAAACUAAAACACUGCACAAUUCUCCAAUUAUAUUCUUUUCUAUUGUACUACAAAACCUAUUACUAUCACAAUGAUGGUUAGAAUAAUUUCUAAUCGGCCUUUUUUUUGUUGCGAAAUAGAUAAUGCAACUAAGAUAACGGUCUCAGCUUUCACAAAUAAUUUCUAAUAGUUCCUAAUCGGCUAAUUCCCUUUCGCAAAAUACUAGAAUGAUCGUGAAAUCGUAAUUUUUACUUAAAGCAUCCUCGAAAGAAAGCUUCCUGAAAUGUAAGCGAGCGCGUUUUCUCUCUGAAAAUACUUGAUCAGAGCAAAACAUAGAAGAAAAAACUGCGAGUUUAAUUAGAUAGCUUUUAAUUAAAAAGCCUUUGAAUCAAUUUCUCGUCAAAGUGAUCUCUAAAGCAAAAUCUAUAAGUGCGCGAUAAAUUAUCAUUUGUUUAAACAGACAAAUGAAGUGACUGACACGCUUUUGCGAGAGCGAAGAUGUCAAUAGUACGUUAGUAUUAUUAAAGUGUUCCAAAGGAAAAUCGCCUCCCCUAUGCUCGUAAUUCUCGACUAAAGUAGAUUAUCUAUCGAUGUCGUUAAUUAGAAACUACAUAUGAUGAUUUACAGUUGGCAGUAUGAGACAAUGUAUAAUUAACGCGCUCUGCAUAAUCACUAUAAUAAUGUAUCUCUGCAUUAUCACUAUAGCAACAGAUCCAAGCCUGUGGAAGGAUCUCGCUAAUCGAUCGUAACUUUAACUGUGACUUCACCCAUAAAAAAGUGCUUCCAAGCUCAACAAUUGUAUCGUCUCUAAUAUAAUUAUAUAUGUAUAUAACUAGUGAUAUAUUACGUACGCAACGGUGAACUAUUGUAAUAAAUUGCGACAUCUGUUUCAC